UCUCUUUCUCCCUUAAAAAAAUCUUGAGAGAGAAAAAAAAUGGCUUCGCAAUCUGAUGAUCAUCAAAACCAACGAGAUCAAUCAGAUUAUCAUUCAUCUCCGUCGUCAGAUACAUAUAACAAUCACCAAUCAACACCACCAGCACCACCACAACCGCCAUCACAACCACCUAACAACCACCAAUCGCCUGCACAAGGUUAUCUGCCUGCGAUGGGAUACCCUCCACAUAUGAUGUAUCCCAAUGCCCCAUAUCCUGGCGGCUGUCCUCCACCUCCUCAUGGUUAUAACCAAUACCCUUACGCACAACACCAGGCAGCCCCUUAUUACAAUCAGGGUUAUGCAUCGGGCCCACAUGAUCCUUGUUCAGGGUUUGUUCGUGGAAUUGUUGCAGCUGUGAUUCUUUUGAUUCUCCUUUCCUGCAUCUCAAGCCUAAUCACUUGGGCAAUUUUACGUCCACAAGUCCCAGUUUUCCAGGUAGAUAACAUGUCUGUUUCCAAUUUCAGUACAUCAUCCAAUCCUUUCACGGCAACAUGGGAUACAAAUCUUACAGUCGAAAACCCCAACCAUAAGUUAAGACUUUACUUCGAUAAAAUCGUGGGUGCCAUCUUUUACAACGAAGAAGAUUCCCUUGGUUCUUCUUGGCUUAACCCAGCUUUCAUGCAGACCCAGACCAAUACGACAAUACAUGCUGUCAUCUCCGCAAAUGGUUCAGCUCAAAACGCUGUGCCGAUUUGGGUUGCACAAGAAAUGGGCAAAGAUCGAGCCACGGGGUCGGUGACUUUUGCCUUGAGAUUUCGGGUGUGGGCGACGUUUAAAAGUGGGUCGUGGUGGACGCGGAGUUUGGUGCUCAAAGUUUUAUGCGAUGAUUUGAAGGUUAAUUUCGUGGGUGUUUCAGGGAAUGGAGCUUUGGCACCUGAAAAACGCGACGAUUGCGAGGUUUAUGCCUAAUUAAAUCUGUUCAUUCUCUUUUAUAUAUAUUUUCAUGCUUAAUUGGUUGAUUUUUUUUGGGGAUUACAAAAAAUGAAUUGAUCAUAAU